AUGACAGAAUUGGUGGAUGAUUGUGAUCCAGAGUGCAUCAGUGGUUGUAUCUUGAAGUUCACUGAUUUGUUGUGGGACAAGCCUGGGGGAAACACUGGUGGACACUCCUCUGCUAUUGUUUACCGAAAAUGUAUCCAGAUUAUGAAAGGAAUGAGCAAAAAUGCUCUGGGGUUGGGCAAUGGGAAGUCUGGUCAAGUCUUGGAAAACAAGAAAAUACACUUAGCAAACGUUUGGAACAGCUGGAAUAGGUUCACAGAUACAAUCCACCAAGUCUUAAAAUCAGAAUGUAGAAACAAACAGGAAGAUUUGACGGGCUACUGCUCCUAUGUUAGUCAUCUCCUUGAGUUUGUCAGCAUCAAACUGCUGGUCAUCUCCGCUCUUCCUCUCUUAAUGUACCUCACUAUUUUCAAAUCAUAUCUCUUUCUCAAAGAGACGCUAAAUUUACCAGAAGAACCACACACUAUACUCCCUAUCAUUGAAUACAGUAUGUUUCAAUGUCUUCCCCAUCAAAUAUUGUCCAGAUUUUCAAACAUUCCCUUCGACGUGCUAGCUGGAGUCCCCUAUAUGUUACACUUCGCUCUGCCUGUACUGUUCAUAGCAUAUAAUGUGAUCAGAAGAAGAAGAGGGGGUGUGCCUCUUAUUUAUCAGUACCUCUGGUGUGUCGGCUGGGUCAACAUUAUCGCAGUUCUCAUACAGUUCUUAUUCCCAACUGCUCCGCCCUGGUUUAACGACUCAGCAGUUUAUGAUGAAACUACAGGUCAGGUGAUAAGUUCCAUGCCAAACGAAGCAGCAUUCCAAAGGAUAGAUGCCAUGUUGGGUAUACCCUGGUUCAAAAACUUAUAUGGGAAAUCACCCCUAAAGUUCGGUAGCUUCCCUUCACUUCACGUGGCGUGGCCUACUGUUAUCUUCCUUCACAAACCCUGGUUCAGCACCAAGGUUGGACUACUGCACGUGUUAUGGAUCACGUGGGCAGCCCUGUACAGUUCUCACCACUACCUGAUAGACGCUCUGGGUGGUAUCAGCGUGGUAGUAGCUGUGAAACUUGGCAUGAACCAUGUUUGGGAACCCUUCUCUAAUCACAAAAACGCGAGAUCAGAAACAAAACAAACACCCUCAAACUCCCGUGAGUUCACGAGACUCAACAGUGUAUCCAAGCAAGUGUGAUGCGUCGCCAUGGCUACAUGUCACGUGACAUCAACAUUCCAUACAUUCCACUAAACUGUGGCAAGAUGCUCAACGUAAUCACGUGAUUAAGAAAUGCGUUGCCAUGGACAGUUGGACACGUAAGAGAAGAAUUUUAGAACUAUGAACAGUGUCUGGUGGAUAGAUUUCAUGUGAAAUUUCAGUUUUUAGAUUGAUUGGU